AAAAGCAUACGGAGGUGCAGUAUGAAUUAGGGAUCAUUCGAGUAUCCUUGCGUGAAUCAAAGAUGGCAUGUAAACAUUAUGUAGAAUAAUAGCAAGUAGAGCGUGUGGGCCGACAGAUAGAAGGCAUCCUGUUUGAUAGCAAGCAUACAUCAAAGCAUAUAGAUAACAGUUAACAAAAUCCAGUUUCCUUCGAGCCAGUGUGCUGCUGAUGUUGAUUCCAAGUAUUGUGCUUUGAAAAUUGUCAUAAAGUGAAACAAUAUGAUAUUUAUUCUCUUCGUUCUCGUCGUCUUGUCGUCGGAUCAGUGUAUAGGACAAAUUAUCGAUAUCGGUGAUGUGUGGGAGAUCAAAUGCCCACAGGGAUGUACCUGUGAGAUCCAAAAGUAUUCCGAUCUGUCCCUACAUCAAUGGGCCAGUACAAACAGAGAUAACGAUAAGGCUAUGUCUACUGAUGAUGCUGAUUUUAAUAUGAACGAUAAUCUAAUGACUCAUGAAUUGCUGAAGAUCGCAACAUGCGUAAUUGUUGACAAUUCUGAAGAACUUUUGGCUAAAUUACCUUCAGAUAUACAGGUCCUGACAUUACUCGAAUCGGGUAGUGGAGAUGUUGAUAUUCUUUUGCAUGCUACUACAUUCCAACGAUUUACCGAAUUGAUAUCAUUAGACAUUCAAGGAAUAGAUUACAGUGAUUUCUCUAUAAAAGAAGCAAAUAAUCGUACAGAAAAAGGCGGCAUUAUUCUCGCGUCUGACGCAUUAUAUCCUUUAGGACCUACUUUACUGUAUCUAAAUCUGGAACGAGUUAAAUUGUCAAACUUAAAUUUACCAAACAAAAACAAGGCGAAUCUGGUGAUCAAGCCAAUGAAUUCGCAGGAAACAGAAACGGUCGACGAAAAUCAGGUGUUCGCGAUCAAUGGUAGUCAGUACACAGGACACAGACUUAUUUUUCUCAGUCAGCAAAACAAUGAGGAUAAAGAGAUAUUACCAUAUGAUCUCUACAAACAAGAAUUAGAGGGCUAUAGAGAAAAUGUCGAGUUGUUUGCUGCACUCGGUGUACUGACGCAUUUAAGAGUAUACAAUUGCGCACUGAAAGACAUAUCAUGGCACAUGUUUGACGGCCUCAAUAGCCUCCUUUAUCUCUCACUGGAAAAGAACAGUUUAAAAUUUAUUCCCGAAUUCUGCUUUUACGGCACACCAAACUUGAGAUUACUCUCAUUGGCAAGCAACGAAUUAUUAACACUGAAAAGUGUAGAUCUGGCUGGAUUGCUUAUGCUGGAACAUUUGGAUUUACGACAGAAUAAUUUAACGUUUCUAUCAGAAUUAUCGUUUCCGCCUUUUCCAGCACUCGUAAGCGCUGAUUUCACGGAUAACCCUCUGGAUUCCAUUUUUCCAAGUACCUUCGAAAUCAUGAAUACGACGAUAAAAUUAUAUCUCGGAGGUACAGCAUCCAAAUUGAAGUUGCAGAAGAAUUCGUUACUGGGACUACAUCGAGCUGAGAUAUUACACUUGUACAAUAUAGAGAUACCUAUAUUAGAACGUUUUAUCUUGCAAGGACUACCAUUGCUAACUCAUCUCAAGAUGCGAGGAAAUGUCUCGAGCAUCGACUUUGAUGCAUUUGUUGACCUUACUAAUUUAUUGAAUCUCGAUCUAAGUCAUUGUCAUGUUCAGCGAAUUUCUAUGGAUGCCUUUUAUGGUUUGGAGAAAGUUAGGAGAAUUGAUUUAUCAAAUAACGAUCUUGAAUCUGUACCACCUGGUUUGUUCACAGCUCAUCAGCAAAAGGAAUUGAGAGAAAUUAUACUUGCAAAGAACAAAUUAACUUCGCUACCUUUAGAUUUCUUUAGAAGUUUGAGGUUGUUAAAUAAGCAAACACGUGUACAAAACAUAAGAUUGGAUGACAAUCCUUGGGAUUGUUCAUGCACCAUGAUCAGCUGGAAUCCUAAUCUGGUAAACAGAAAUAAGGAAACGGCUCCACGUUGUUCAACGCCAAAACGAUUACAGAAUUGGGGAGUCUUCUAUGCAUUACGCAAAGGUGGUUUGCAAUGUAGAAGUCCAAAAAAAAUGUACCUUCGAAAGUUUCUGAAGACAAGAAGCUCUGAAGAAGAUAACAAUAUCAGUUAGCCAAACUCUCAUUUCAAAUUAUAUGUAUAUUUGAUACAUGGAGAAGAUUAUGAAAGAUAUACAUUAAACAUUUUUCUAACAUGUCCUUCUCUAAAAAUACAUUUAAUCCUUCAUUUCAAAAUAAUAUCUUAAACGCUAAAAUACAGCUCUGUCAUUGGUUUAAGACAUCUUAAGACUAUACUUGAGACAGUCUUAAAUAUAAAGAAGCCUAAAUUAAAUGUAAUACCUAACUAGUGUAUAUGUAAUAAGCUUGUGUAAAUGUUUAUGUUUUACUUUUUAUAAUGAAUUAUGUUGCUUGGUGUACAAGGUGGUCCUUAAGUAUUUUAAAAAAUUUUAAAGGUAAUGCUUCUCAUUAUUUGAAGACAAAAACAUAUGAUCAUUCAAAACAAUUUAAUUUCUAAAAUAAUGUCAUUUUUGAAUUGGGAAGUGCAAAUUCUCUCUUGUAAACUAUAUCGGACAUAUAUAAUCAUGUGAACUUUUUAUCUUGAAUCAUGUGAGAAAUUAUCCCUUAAAAUCUUUUAGAACUUGGACAAUCAUUCUAUAUACAAAAUGAGUAACAUUUUUAAAUGUAAUGUUAUAAAUAAUAUAGACAAUUUGAGAA